AUGUCGUUGCAAACCCCUGACGUCAAUGCUCUGUUGCACAAUAUGCAUGCACAGAUCCUGGCGUUGACCACGCAACUCGCUGAGCAGCAGGCAAAUCCCCCUGUGGCAACCCCCUCGGUUGAGAAAAAGUUCAACAAGAAAGUCGAAGUCGUCAAGGCAAAUUGGGAUGCAUUUGCCGACAAUUUUGAGGUAGCCACUGCGGUGCUAUCUCGACUAAAGGGACCUGUGGUGGGUCAAUACGCUCAAGUUAGAAUGCAGGAGUGCUACACUGUGGGAGUGUGGCCCACCUGGGACAAUCUCAAGGUAGAGAUCGAAAAAUACUUCAAACUGCAAGCUGAGCGUGAUUGGGCGCGUCAGCAAAUCCGUUCCUUCAAACAAGGCAACAUGAGGAUGAAUGAUUUCAUAACCCGGUUCCUGGCCCUCUCCAUCCAAGGGGGUCUUGGAAAUGAACAUGCAGUGGAGCUGCUGGAACGCAAUGUGAACCCCCACAUUGCAGAACAGCUUUACCUGCAGGAUAUGAGAAGUAGGGCCAUAGAGCUCUACAAGAUGCACCAAGGUGGCGGGUCCACCACCAAAAACAACUCUUCCCAGAGGCACCCUGGGUCAUCAAACCAAAAACAACAUCACUCUCACGGGUUCCAGCCAUUUGGGCUGCAACCAGGUCGGGGUGCUCCAAUGGAUAUUGGCGCGGUCCAGGGCGGACAAAAGCACAGAUUCACCUGCUUCAACUGUGGGCAGGAGGGGCAUAUGGCACAAGAUUGUAGAAAUGGAGCGCAGGCCACUGGUCAAAAAAAUAAUCAAGGGCGCCAGGCGCGCCAAUCAGAAUCCGAAAAACUGGACGAUCGGCUCAACUCUUUGGCCAGUUGUUCUUACGACGAAAUACGGGCCUUCUUCUAUGACCAACAAAUCAAUGAGAUGAAGGCUCAGGGAAAAGAGUUCGGAGCUUAG